AUGACCAUCACCGGCGUCCAGACCGUCCUGCCAGGGCGCUUUGCGAUCAAUUCCACAGAGAAGCGCGUCGAAAAGGCCCCUCCGAAAAUCUACAGCGUGUCCGACUUCCCCUUCAAGGGCUACCAGGCGCCGCAGCGUGACGGCUUCGAGCAAAGCCAGGCACACCCCGAUACCAGCGCCAUCGUCAUUGACAAUGAACCCGCGCCUCGCCUUUCCCCCGUCAUGAGCCGUUACCGGGAGCGCAAGCUCGCACGCCAAUGCCAGUUCGUCGGAUACGAUGCGUACGUCGAUGCGACCACUCGCGGCCAGAUGAAGCCUGCUUUCGACCCCGGCUCCAGCAUUGUCGGCAACUGGGACGUUAUGGAGGGCGUGCUGGACUAUGUCUUUAUCAAGAUGGGCAUCAACAGCACCAGUGACAGUGUGGAGCGACCAAUUAUUAUGACAGAGCCAAUCGCUAAUAUGGGAUACCCUCGGAAGAUGAUGAACGAGAUUCUCUUCGAAUGCUACAAUGCCCCGUCUGUCGCCUACGGUGUCGACUCGCUCUUCGCCUACCGCUACAACAAGGGAACCGACGGAUUGAUUGUGUCUUCCUCCAAUACCUCUACCCAUGUCAUUCCCGUUCUGGACUCGAAACCUCUUCUCUCAAACUGCUCCCGCUUGAACUGGGGAGGCUUCAACAAUGCUGAGUACCUCGCCAAGCAACUCAAGCUGAAGUAUCCGACUUUCCCGGCCCGUCUUCUCGACCACCAGAUUGAGGACUUGGUUCGCAACCACUGCUACGUGUCUCAAGACUACGACCGCGAGUUGAGCGGAUACCUCGACUGGACCGGGCUGGAGGACCGCGAUCAUGUCAUCCAGUACCCAUUCACUGAGCACGUUGUUGUCGAGAAGAGCGAAGAAGAGCUGGCCAAGAUUGCGGAGCGCAAGAAGGAGAGCGGCCGUCGACUGCAGGAACAGGCAGCCAAGAUGCGUCUGGAGAAACUGGUCAAGAAGGAGCAGGAACUGGAGUACUGGAAGCAGGUCCAGGAGCGUCUUUCCUCUGAAACCAAGAAGGAAGUCCGUCGUAUUCUCGAAACGGAGGACCUCAAGGAUGAGAAUCAUCUGGAGCGCAUGAUCCGUGAUCUUGAAAAGUCCAUCAAACGCUCCCGCAAUCGUGACCUGGGCAUUGAGGAGGAAGAGCAACCGCAGGAAGAAAUGACGUUCCCGCUUGUGGAUGUCCCCGAUGAGGAGCUGGAUGAGGCUGGUAUCAAGGAGAAGCGCCACCAGCGUCUCAUGAAGUCCAACGUCGAGGCGCGAGCCCGCGCCAAGGCUGAGAAGGAACGGGAGAAGGCCCGUCGUGAAGAGGAGGAGCGCCUGGACCGGGAGAAGCGCGAGAAUGACUUUGAAAACUGGAUCGCCGAGCGACGAAUGAACCGUCAGGCUAUUCUACAAAAGAUCAAGGACCAACAGCGCAUGAAGGCAGAUCUCGGCAACCGCAAGUCUCUUGCUAGCCAACAGCGCAUGAAGACCCUCGCCAAUCUUGCCUCUGACGGACCCAAGAAGCGCCGUCGCGGUGGUGACGACGAUGACUUUGGUGCGAACGAUGACGACUGGGGUGUCUACCGAACAGUCGCAAAGGACGAGCAGAGCGACGACGAAGAGGAAGAGGACCUCGGCGGUAUGCUCAACAAUCUCGAGCAGGAGCUCCUCCAAUACGACCCCGAGUUCACCGAGAACCACACGCUGGCUGCCCAGUCCGACUGGACCAAGAGUCUCGUCCACGCCUUCCUCCGCGGCCCCUGGCCCUUCGACCCCGAGAGCCAGCGCGAGGCCCAUCAGCUGCACCUGAAUGUCGAGCGCAUCCGUGUGCCCGAGGUCGUCUUCAAGCCCUCCAUUGCCGGUGUCGACCAGGCCGGUCUUGUCGAGAUCGCCGCUGACAUUGUCAAUCAGCGGUUCUCCAGCGAAGACCGCACCCGCCUCUUGAAGGAUGUCUUCCUAACGGGUGGAAAUACCCUUUUCACCGGCUUCGACGAACGACUCCGCAACGAACUUCGCGGAUACAUCCCCAUCGACGCUGAACUCCGCGUGCGUCGGGCCGCUGAUCCCACCCUAGACGCGUGGAAGGGCGCGGCGCAGUGGGCUUCCAAUGCAGAUUUCGCUCGGUCGUCUGUGUCUCGACAGGAAUACUUAGAGAAGGGUAGUGAGUAUAUGAAGGAACACGAUCUGGGCAACGUUACAUGGUGA